AUGCUAUUGAACUAUAUGGAUUUGACAUCAGACGCUGCCCUCGACGCAGUUGACAUAGAAGAAAAACAAGAAAAACAGAGUUUCCAGAAUUUAACUCUGACCAACGGCAUAGCUGUAAAUCAAAGUACGUCAAUAAAAAUAUAUUUCUCCCAAAUACAACGAGAAGUAUACGAACUUGCAAACUCAGACAAGCCAAUUUCGAGAUAUGUAACUCACGCACUUAACCUUAUUGAAAGGUCUCUAGAAAUAUAUGGGAUCGAGGGGUUAAGUAUUUCUUUCAAUGGUGGAAAGGACUGUGUGGUACUUUUACAUUUGCUAGCUGCAGUAGUAUACAAAAAUUUUCAAGACUCUGUAGAAAAGCUUAAUAUUCAGGCUGUGUAUAUUACAAUUCCGAAUCCUUUCCCCGAAGUUGAGGAAUUUGUGAAUGAAAGUGUCCUACGAUAUGGGUUAAAUAUUGUUAAAAUAGGAGGUUCUAUGAAAAAAGCAUUGAAAACAUAUUCUGAAUGUUAUCCAAAUAUUAAAGCGAUACUAAUUGGCACUCGUCGAAGAGACCCGCAUGGAGCAAAACUGUCGGAGUUCAUCCCAACAGAUCCAGAUUGGCCUAGUUUUAUGCGUGUUAAUCCAAUCCUUGAUUGGGACUACGCACUUGUGUGGGAAUUUUUGCGAACUUUAAAUAUACCAUAUUGUAUAUUAUAUGAUAAAGGGUACACAUCACUCGGUAGCAUCGAUAAUACGUAUCCUAAUUCGGAUCUUCGUAACCCUAACAACCCAAACGGUUAUGAUCCAGCAUGGAAACUGGUUGACGAGAGUAAGGAGAGAUAUGGAAGGGAACAUUAA